AUGUGCUCUGUGAUCAAGCUGUCUGUAUAUAUAGCAGAGACACCUUCCCUAGCAGAUAGCACAGACUGCUGGGCUGCACAAGGAGAUUCAGCAGGAAGGAAUAGAUAAGGCAAGAUGAAACUUUCCACGGCCGUUGUUUUCUGCUCCUUGUUUCUGUGCGUCAGCAGCCAAAGUUGGUUCUCAUUCAUGAGGGAAGCUGGUCAAGGGGCCAGAGACAUGUGGAGAGCCUACAGUGACAUGCUAGAGGCCAACUACAAAAAUUCAGACAAAUACUUCCAUGCCCGGGGGAACUAUGAUGCUGCACAAAGGGGCCCUGGUGGUGUCUGGGCGGCCAAAGUGAUCAGUGAUGCCAGAGAGAAUUCUCAGAGAAUUACGGACUUUUUAAAGUAUGGAAACAGCGGUCAUGGACGGGAAGACUCCAGGGCUGACCAAUUUGCCAAUGAAUGGGGCCGGAGUGGCAAAGACCCCAAUUACUUCCGGCCUAGAGGCCUGCCUAGCAAGUACUGAGUUUUAUCUUCAUGUGCUCUCAGGAGGCCCGGUUUUGAGCUUCAGCAGGGCAGGACAGCUGCUGAACUAAAUUGGAAUAUUGAAUCUACAUUGAAUACUAAAUCUCUAGGACUUGAUACUUGAUGAAGAGAGCAAAAAUUGUUUAAUAAACGUU